GAUAGCCGACCGGGCGGACCGGGCGGAGAGACCGAGUGCGACGCGGACCGACGAGACACGUGCUGGGGCGGGUACCAGGGUCCGGUCGCCUCGCGCCGCCUCCCGCCGGGACGCGCCCGUGCGCUGCGGAUGCUGGGGCUGAGUCACUGGCCCCGGCUGGGUGCGGGUGGGAAGGGGCGGAGCAGCCCGAGGGCGCUCGGCGGGGCUCGGCCGCGCCGCAGGUGACCCGGACGGCCUCGCCCGCCUCAGCGUUGCGAGCGCAGGGUGACUGGACGCGGAGCCAGAUGCGGGGCGACAGCUGACUUGCCGGAGGAGGCGCGGAGCGCGCGGGUAGUGCCCGCGCCUCUGUCUGGACCGCGGCAGGCUCCCGGGCACCGCAAGGUAAAACUCCAGCGGCUUCAGAUCCCGCACCCACCCUCUCCGGGCGCUUCUGCUUUCUUUGUUCCGCUAAGGGACCUGGCAACUGCUCCCGAGGGCAAGGCGCAGAGAUUUCAAGUAGAGAAUCAUUAUGAAACUGUUCACCAAAAAGAGAGAAGGAAAGAAACAUUUUACAGGCUCCUGUUGGCUUAAAACUUAGUGGGAUACAGGAUGUUUGUGAAGAUAAAUCAGAGGGUUUAGCAGGAUGCCUGACAUGUGUUUCCAAGUGCACCACUAUGGUUGAGUUUUGGAUUUACAUUCCUUCCUGGAACUCAUGUUUCCACUUGCCACCGCCUCACUCAAAGCAGAAGCUCUCUCACCUGGACCAGUCAUGUACCUUUCCCGAUCAGUUUCUCACAAUGAAGGCCCCCACUGUGCUGGCACCUGGCAUCCUUGUGCUGCUGCUUACCUUGGUGCAGAGGAGCCAUGGGGAGUGCAAGGAGGCCCUGGUGAAGUCCGAGAUGAACGUGAACAUGAAGUAUCAACUCCCCAACUUCACCGCAGAAACCCCCAUCCGGAAUCUCAUCCUGCACAGACAUCAUAUUUACCUCGGAGCCACGAACUACAUUUAUGUUUUAAAUGACAAAGACCUUCAGAAGGUGGCAGAGUACAAGACUGGGCCUGUGUUGGAACACCCAGAUUGUUUUCCAUGUCAGGACUGCAACAGCAAAGUCAAUUUGUCAGGAGGCAUUUGGAAGGAUAACAUCAACAUGGCCUUGAUUAUUGACACAUACUAUGAUGACCAGCUCAUUAGCUGUGGCAGUGUCAACAGAGGAACCUGCCAGCGCCAUGUUCUUCCACGUGACAACCCUGCUGACAUACAGUCUGAGGUCCAUUGCAUGUUCUCCCCCCAGGUGGACGAAGAGUCAGGCCAGUGUCCUGACUGUGUGGUAAGUGCCCUCGGAGCCAAAGUCCUCCUGUCUGAAAAAGAACGGUUCAUCAAUUUCUUUGUGGGGAACACCAUCAAUUCUUCCUACCUUCCAGAUCAUUCAUUGCAUUCAAUAUCAGUGAGAAGGCUGAAGGAAACCCAACAUGGCUUUAAGUUUUUGACAGAUCAAUCCUAUAUUGAUGUCUUACCUGAGUUCCAAGAUUCUUACCCCAUAAAGUACAUACAUGCCUUUGAAAGCAACCGUUUUAUUUACUUUCUGACUGUCCAAAAGGAAACCCUCAAUGCUCAGACUUUUCACACAAGAAUAAUCAGGUUCUGUUCUGUAGACUCUGGGUUGCAUUCCUACAUGGAAAUGCCUCUGGAGUGUAUUCUCACAGAAAAGAGAAGAAAGAGAUCCACAAGGAAGGAAGUGUUUAAUAUCCUCCAAGCUGCCUAUGUCAGUAAGCCUGGGAUCAACCUUGCUAAGCAGAUAGGAGCCAGCCCAAAUGAUGACAUUCUCUAUGCAGUGUUUGCCCAAAGCAAGCCAGAUUCAGCUGAACCCCUGAAUCGAUCGGCAGUGUGUGCAUUCCCUAUCAAGUAUGUCAACGAAUUCUUCAACAAGAUUGUCAACAAAAACAAUGUGAGAUGUCUCCAGCAUUUUUAUGGCCCCAACCAUGAGCACUGUUUCAACAGGACCCUGCUGAGAAAUUCCUCAGGCUGUGAAGUGCGCAGCAAUGAAUAUCGAACAGAAUUUACCACUGCUUUGCAGCGUGUUGACUUAUUCAUGGGCCAAUUCAACCACGUGCUCUUAACAUCUAUAUCUACCUUCAUUAAAGGUGACCUCACCAUUGCAAAUCUGGGGACGUCAGAAGGUAGAUUCAUGCAGGUUGUGGUUUCUCGAACGGUGUCAUUCACCCCUCAUGUAAACUUUCUCCUGGAUUCCCACCCUGUGUCUCCAGAAGUGAUUGUUGAACACCCUUUAAACCAAAAUGGCUAUACACUGGUUGCCACAGGGAAGAAGCUCACCAAGAUCCCAUUGAAUGGCCUGGGCUGUGGACAUUUCCAGUCCUGCAGUCAGUGUCUCUCUGCCCCUUCCUUUGUGCAGUGUGGCUGGUGCCACAAUCGAUGUGUGCAAUCAGAUGAAUGCCCCAACGGGACAUGGACUCAAGAGAUCUGUCUACCUACAAUCUAUAAGGUUUUACCCACUAGUGCACCCCUUGAAGGAGGGACCAUGCUGACCAUAUGUGGCUGGGACUUUGGAUUCAAGAAGAAUAAUAAAUUUGACUUAAGGAAGACCAAAGUUCUUCUCAGCAAUGAGAGCUGCACCUUGUCCUUAAGUGAGAGCACGGCCAAUACGUUGAAAUGCACAGUUGGUCCUACGAUGAGUGAGCACUUCAAUAUGUCCAUAAUUAUCUCAAACAGCCGAGGAACAACACAAUACAGUACAUUUUCCUACGUAGAUCCUGUAAUAACAAGUAUUUCUCCAAGUUACGGUCCUCAGGCUGGAGGCACUUUACUCACUCUGACCGGAAAGUACCUAAACAGUGGGAAUUCUAGACACAUUUCGAUUGGUGGGAAAACAUGUACUUUAAAAAGUGUGUCAAACAGUAUUCUUGAAUGUUAUACCCCAGCUCAAACCAUCUCUGCUGAGUUUCCUGUUAAGUUGAAAAUUGACCUAGCUAACCGAGAAACAAGCAGCUUCAGUUACCGGGAAGACCCCGUUGUCUAUGAAAUCCACCCCACCAAAUCUUUUGUUAGUGGUGGAAGCACAAUAACAGGUAUUGGGAAAAACCUGAAUUCAGUCGGCAUCCCGAAGCUGGUAAUAAAUGUGCAUGAAGCAGGAAGGAACUACACAGUGGCGUGUCAGCAUCGCUCUAAUUCAGAGAUCAUCUGCUGCACCACUCCUUCACUGCAACAGCUGAACCUGCAACUCCCCCUGAGGACCAAAGCCUUUUUCAUGUUAGACGGGAUCUUUUCCAAACACUUUGAUCUCAUUUAUGUCCAUAAUCCUGUGUUUAAGCCUUUUGAAAGGCCGGUGGUGAUCUCAAUGGGCAAUGAAAAUGUACUCGAAAUUAAGGGAAAUGAUAUUGACCCCGAAGCUGUUAAAGGUGAAGUGUUAACAGUUGGAAAUAAGAGCUGUGAGAAUAUACACUCCCAUUCUGAAGCUGUUUUAUGUACGGUCCCCAGUGACCUGCUGAAAUUGAACAGCGAGCUAAAUAUAGAGUGGAAGCAAGCAGUCUCUUCAACUGUCCUUGGAAAAGUGAUAGUUCAACCAGAUCAGAAUUUCACAGGAUUGGUAAUUGGUGUGGUCUCAACAUCAAUGAUACUUUUGUUAUUACUCGGGCUUUUCCUGUGGCUAAAAAAGAGAAAGCAAAUUAAAGAUCUGGGUGAUGAACGGGUCCGCUAUGAUGCAAGAGUACACACUCCUCAUUUGGAUAGGCUUGUCAGUGCCCGAAGUGUAAGUCCAACUACAGAAAUGGUUUCAAAUGAAUCUGUAGACUACCGAGCUACUUUUCCAGAAGACCAGUUUCCUAACUCUUCUCAGAAUGGAUCAUGCAGACAAGUGCAAUAUCCUCUGGCAGACCUGUCCCCCAUCCUAACUAGUGGGGACUCGGAUAUAUCCAGCCCAUUACUGCAAAAUACUGUCCACAUUGACCUCAGUGCUCUAAAUCCAGAGCUGGUCCAAGCAGUCCAGCAUGUAGUGAUUGGGCCCAGUAGCCUGAUUGUGCAUUUCAAUGAAGUCAUAGGAAGAGGGCAUUUUGGCUGUGUCUAUCAUGGGACUUUGUUGGACAAUGAUGGCAAGAAAAUUCACUGUGCUGUGAAAUCCUUGAACAGAAUCACUGACAUCGGAGAAGUUUCCCAGUUUCUGACUGAGGGAAUUAUCAUGAAAGAUUUCAGUCAUCCCAAUGUUCUCUCACUCUUGGGAAUCUGCCUUCGGAGUGAAGGGUCCCCACUGGUGGUUCUGCCAUACAUGAAGCAUGGAGAUCUUCGAAAUUUCAUUAGAAAUGAGACUCAUAACCCGACUGUAAAAGAUCUUAUAGGAUUUGGUCUUCAAGUAGCCAAGGGCAUGAAAUAUCUUGCAAGCAAGAAGUUUGUCCACAGAGACUUAGCUGCAAGAAACUGUAUGUUGGAUGAAAAGUUCACUGUCAAGGUUGCUGACUUUGGUCUUGCCAGGGACAUGUAUGAUAAAGAAUACUACAGUGUACACAACAAAACAGGUGCAAAACUGCCCGUGAAGUGGAUGGCUUUAGAAAGUCUGCAAACUCAGAAGUUUACCACCAAAUCAGAUGUGUGGUCCUUCGGCGUGCUUCUCUGGGAGCUGAUGACAAGAGGAGCCCCUCCUUAUCCUGACGUCAACACAUUUGAUAUCACCGUCUACUUGUUGCAAGGCAGACGACUAUUACAACCAGAAUACUGCCCAGACCCCUUGUAUGAAGUGAUGCUAAAAUGCUGGCACCCCAAAGCUGAAAUGCGCCCAUCGUUUUCUGAGCUGGUCUCCAAGAUAUCAGCAAUCUUCUCCACUUUCAUUGGGGAGCACUACGUCCAUGUGAACGCUACUUAUGUGAAUAUAAAAUGUGUUGCUCCAUAUCCUUCUUUGUUGUCAUCACAAGACAACAUUGACGGCGAGGUGAACACAUGAUGGCUGGGAGGCCCACCCACCUCCUUCCAAGAAGCAUCAUAGUACUGGUCCAAGCAACCGUCUCCAACAGUUCUCACUGCCUGGCCUUUGAAAGGUCAUCCUUUUUUUUUUACUUUUACCAAAGUUGCACCACUACAAGACUUUGACUUGCUAUUUAAAUUGCUGCAUUCUGAGGAAUUUCUCAUCUGAUAAUGCACCAGAAACAAAAGCUUGGUCCCAUAGGCUGGUGACCAGUGUCGUUCUGCAGCUAUGACAACACUCCUAUUUCUGUGGAGUUCAAAACCUCAGUUCUGGGUUGAAAUUUUUCAAAAUCAGAAUCUCGCUUGAUUUUUGGUGAGAAAGUGCUGCAAUGGCCUUUGAAGACUUCUCAUAGAAAAUUCAGAAGAGGUAGCCUCAUGCAGGAGGUGUGGCAGCCCCAAGGCCAGGCUGCUCAUUGGAAUUCCCGUGUUUAAAGAAACUUUUAUGUGCUAUAUGGCCGUGAACAUUUUUUAUUUCUUAUGCUGUUGUUCACCCAUCACGCAAACAUUCCCUUUUGCAAUUUUUGUAUACACAUUCCUUUGGCUGGAGGAAUAUCCACAGACAAUGCAUUUAAAGUUUCAAAAUAGCAUAACAUGAGGUGUGUUUAUAAAUUAUCAGGGAUUUUACAUAUUGUACAUAAAUGACAACAGGAAAACUUUCAAAAAAUAAUUUGUUACAGUGAAAUAUAUGUCAUUUUAAAAAUCAGCUGUUUAGCCAGGAAUGGUGGCUCACACCUGUAAUCCUAACACUUAGGAGACUGAGGCAGGCAGAUUUAGGAAAAUAUAAAACCAACCUCAGCUACCUAGUGAUUUACAGGCCAGCCUGGGCUACAGUGUGAGACCCUGUCUCAGCAAACAAAAUAUUCAAAUGUUUGAGAAAGAUAAUGUUCUGAGAUAACAAAUAUGGGCAUUUAGACAUUUUAUCUGUUUUUUAAUGGUAACUCUGAAAAUAAGUAAUUUGUGGUGAUAAAUAUUUUUAAAGGUAGCAUGCUAUGUUUUUAAAGGAGAGUACAGGUUAUUGAAAGUUUUACUGUUUCCAGUCAUGGUUUAUUGAACAAAGAACGUGUCAACGGACUGGAAGAGUUCUCUUUCUCAGGUGGAGGCUUCCCACCCAUCUAAAACAAUUGGAGACUAAAGUUUUGGGGGGCCUCAUUUUUACAUUAGGACACAGUCUAUGCUAAAUAAAAGCGCAUUUUAGAAACAGACAAACAAGCCUAUUUAAAAUCCUGGCUUUUUCUCCUGGGUGAAUAUUUCCUCUGGACAGGACUUUUGAGGUAUUGCAUUCUGUGGAAUUUUGUGCUUACUACUGUAUAGUGCAUGUGGCUUAGGUUACUCUAACUGGUUUUGUCCACGUAAACAUUGAAAGUAUUAUAUUUUUAUAGAAAUGUUUAUUUUUAAUGAUGUAAGAAAAUUUUCGUUAGGCCACAAAAGUACUGCACUGUGAACAUUUCAGAAAAGGUAUGUCAGUCUUGGAUUAAUAGCAGCAUGAUUUUAAAUGGCUGUAAAUUGUGAUAAGGAAAUGCAAUGAUUGCCAGUACACCCCACCCUCAUUACAUCACCAGGACAUAAAGCCAAGGGUUCAUAGAGCAAGUUAUGAUAAGGGCGUACUAUGCUGAAACCCAAUAGUUGAGUCUGGCUGUUGUUGCAGGAAAAUAAUGGCAAUCAUAAGCUCUUUGAAGAAGGUGGAACAUACCAGAAAGCAUCAGGAACUGUACUACAAAGUCAUUUCAAUUCAAACAUUACUGCUUCAUAACUGUGAAGAAUAAUACUAAUUCACAGAACAUUGGCCAUGGAUCUGUUCUGUAGAAGGAAGUCAUUGUCUCUAUGAGGUCAAGAAAAUGAACACAUUAAGAACAAAAAGAGCUUGUGGAAACUGCCUAUGCCUGUAUAUACGUGCUUGAGAGAGCUACAAUGUGAAAUCAUGUUUUCUAUUUAUGAACUUUUCUGGGGUAAUGUGUCUGGACAGAUUGUGGGAGUAAGUCAUUCUUCAAAGAUUUAAAUACUUGGCACUGCCUAUACCUGCAGUUGAGCUGAAUGGUACUUUGUAUGUUAAUAGUUGUUCUGAAUCAUACUGUUAAAAUAAAGUGAUGUAACAUCUUGUAUAUUGUAA